CUAGACUAGACUGGAUGGCCCCACAGUAUCAGAAUCCACCCGAAUGCUAUAGAUGCCACUCCCAAACUCUCCUUUGCUUCGCUAUCCCCGCCUCCGCUCGCCUUCAAACGAGACCUCCAUUUUGUAGAUCUAACGCCAACAUUUAUCUUAAAGGUUAUUCCUUUCUUCCUCAUCCUAUUCUCCAUCAAUUUGGUUUUCUUUCCUCCUUUUUUGAAGUAGAUUUUAGUCUUCCGUAUUCAAUUAAUCUUGGAAAAUGAAGUGGCAAGUGAAGAUCGAGUGGGGAGGAAACGCGCCACAUUAUGAAUUUGCUGACGAUAUAUGUUCUUUGUUGUGAUUUUUACGUCAGCUUUGCUCGGAAUUCCACCAUGGUUGCGCAGGGAUUCACCGUGGAUCUGAAUAAACCCCUCGUCUUUCAGGUUGGCCACCUUGGAGAAGCUUAUGAGGAGUGGGUUCAUCAGCCUAUUGUUAGUAGAGAAGGCCCUCGUUUCUUUGAGAGUGACUUUUGGGAGUUUCUCACCCGCACUGUAUGGUGGGUAAUUCCUCUUGUUUGGCUCCCAGUCGUAUGCUGGUUCAUUUCAAUGUCUUUUAGGAUGGGUCACACCCUUCCUCAAGUGGCACAAAUGGUGGUACUGGGUAUUUUCAUUUGGACACUGGUAGAAUACAUUCUUCACCGUUUCCUUUUCCAUAUCAAGACAAAGAGCUAUUGGGGAAAUACCUUUCAUUAUCUUAUUCAUGGCUGUCAUCACAAGCACCCUAUGGAUGGGCUACGUCUUGUAUUCCCUCCCGCUGCUGCUGCUGUCUUAUGUGUCCCAUUCUGGAACUUGGUAAAGGUCUUCUCCACUCCUUCUACUACUCCUGCUUUGUUCGGAGGAGGUUUACUGGGCUAUGUGAUGUAUGAUGUAACACAUUACUACUUGCACCAUGGGCGACCAAAAAGUAACAUGCCAAGAAAUCUUAAGAAAUAUCACCUGAAUCACCAUUUUCGCAUCCAGGACAAAGGUUUCGGUAUCACCUCCUCAUUGUGGGAUAGAGUGUUCAGAACAUUACCCCCAUCAAAAUCAGAUGUGAAAAGUUGAUAAUUAUAAUCAGGAACAUUUGUCAAUGAGUGAUCAUUAUUAGAAAGGCCUCAUAUAUAUAGCCUUAGAAAUUCUUUUCUCAAAGUACAUGCCUUCACCGACAGUAAUGUGCCCCACCGGACAUUAUCAAGAAAUUUUAUUAUUAGUGGUUCUCUUGACAGUGUUAGUGUACAACAAUGCUUUGGAAACUAUGUAUAUGCAUCAUCCUCUGGUUUGUUAAUCAGUAUUUCGAAAUCAUUUAUAAAUGGCAAUAUUGAGAAUUA